ACCAUCGCCCACAUUACACAACACAGCACAGAAUGAGCAAAUUAAGAUUAUGAUUGCCAUUGAUAUAAGAGUCUCUGAAAUACAUUCGCUUUUGAUAUUAUUUCAGGUCUUUUCGGGGGGCGGGGGUUAAAGUGGGUGCACGGCCUGUCUCUGCUCUACACUCCCUCCCUCAGCACAAGACGGUAAUGGCCUUUCACCCGGCGCCGGGCCCGCCGACCGCGCAUGCGCCGGCCGCUGACGGGAGGAGGGAGCGAGCGAGCGGCCGGACGUGCACUGCGCAGGCUCGGCACACAAUGGCGGAGCUGGGUAAGAAGUACUGCGUUUACUGCCUGGCUGACGUGACGAGCCUCCGGCUCCGCUGUACCGAAUGCCAGGACAUCGAGCUGUGCCCCGAGUGCUUCUCGGCAGGUGCCGAGAUCGGCAACCACCGGCGCUGGCACGGCUACCAGUUGGUGGAUGGUGGCAGGUUCACGCUGUGGGGGCCCGAGGCCGAGGGCGGCUGGACGAGCCGUGAGGAGCAGUUGCUGCUCGACGCCAUCGAACAGUACGGGUUCGGCAACUGGGAGGACAUGGCCGCGCACGUAGGGGCGCGCGCGCCGCCGGAAGUGAUGGAACACUACGUCAGCAUGUACAUCCACGGUAACCUGGGGCGCGCGUGUAUCCCGGACACCAUCCCCAACCGCGUGACCGAUCACACGUGUCCGAGCGGCGCGCCCCUGUCGCCCAGCCUGACUACGCCGCUACCGCCGCUCGAUAUCACCGCGGCAGAACAGCAGCAGCUGGGCUACAUGCCGCUGCGCGACGAUUACGAGAUCGAGUACCUGCAGGACGCCGAGACGCUCAUCAGCGGCUUGGCGCUCAACUACGACGACGAGGAGGUGGACAUCGAGCUGAAGCGCGCGCACGUCGACAUGUACGUCAGGCAGCUGCGCGAGCGCCAGCGGCGCAAGAACAUGGCGCGCGACUACAGCCUGGUGCCCGCCUUCCUGGGCCGCGAGCGGAAGGAGCGCGUGCCGCGCCGCAAGGUGACCAAGGAGGAGCGCGAGCUGCGCGCCAAGCUGCGGCCCAUCUGCCAGUUCCUGUCGGCGCGCGAGUUCGACGACUGCUUCGAUAACCUGCACAAGGAGCGCGCGCUGCGCGCCAAGAUCCGCGAGCUGCAGCGCUACCGGCGCAACGGCAUCGCCAAGACCGAGGAGUCGGCCGAGUACGAGGCGGCGCGCCACAAGCGGGAGCGCCGCAAGGAGCUGCGGGGCAACGGCGGCGGCGGCGGCACCGGGGCGGCGGGCAGCGCCGCCGCCAGCACCGCCAACUCGGCCUCGGCCAAGCGCCCCAAGGACGAAGCGGGAAGGGAGGCGGCGGCCGCCGAGUUCAGCAGCGCCAUGGAGAACCUGCCCGGCUUCGAUCUGCUGUCCGAGCGGGAGAAGGUGCUGUGUGGCUCGCUGAACCUCAGCCCCGGCCGCUAUCUCACUGUCAAAACCAUCAUCAUCAAGGACUACCUACAGAAAAGGCAGGGCAUCCCUUCCAAGAGCCGGCUGCCUAGCUACCUAGACAAGGUUUUGAAGAAGAGGAUAUUGAAUUUCUUAACCGAAAGCGGGUGGAUUGCCCGGGACACUUCUUGAUGCGAAAUAACUUGUCAGCAAACUUUGACUGAAGUGUGCAACUGUUGAGUCAGCAAAAGGUUUCCAUGAGGUGGCAUUAAAUCGAACUAUUUUUAAUUGUGCAGGGAAUACAAAUAUCACAUGAAUCCUAUUUAACAGGAAGCAUCCUUACCAUAACAGACCCCAUAAUCAUUAAAGUCUUUGCCCUAAAUAACAGGGAUGACGACUAGGUGCUGGCUGCAGACUCUGAGCCUUAAGUUGUUCAGCCACAAAGCUAAGGAAUUUAAAACUGUGAUUUUGAAUACCAUAAUUUUCUAUUUAUUAGUAGACCAGAGCAGAAACUCAAGUCAGAUCCUUCAGACUGUUUUGAAGUUUAAACAGUAGCUCAGCAAAGUUAGUUUGCUGCAAGAUCUGGGUUAUAUGUGAUUCAGGAAUAUGUUUUAUUGUUGUAAAUAAUAAGGGACUUCUGAUCACAUAGUCUGAUUGAUUUUGUGGCACUCAGUAAGAGUUGAGUGUUACCCCAUGAGGUAGGUUAGCCACAGGUGAUCUAAGUCUUGCAAAAUGGUAGGCAAGCAACUGCCUAGUGGGCAUUUCUAAGCUUUAUUAAGAGGUCAAAAAUGUUUGCAAUUUUAUUUUCUGUUAGUUUAAGUCUCUGGAAUUCUAAAGGAUUGACAGUUUGGCUAGAGAUUCAGCACUGUGCAAUUCCAUCAGAGAAAUUUGCGGCUGACUGUUGCCGACUCAGUGGAUAUGUUGGAGAUGAUCUAUAAGUGAUGUGCUGAUUUCAGACAUUUGCUAAUACUUUGCUCUAAAUUGGAACUGAUGAAAGAUCACUGAUUUGACAACUGAACUGCUUCUCUCUCUAUAGAUGCUGUUUCCCCAAUAUUUUUUCUUCCAUAUUUCCAAUGUCAGCAGUUUUUGCCUCAAAACAUUUAUAUAAAAUAGUUACUUAAAAAAAACUUGAUGGGCUUUUAUUUUAGUUUAUAACUGCUCACCUUGCUAUGUAAAGUUGAGUGCAAUAUUUGGCUGUUGAUUUUUUUUACUUAUUAAAUAUUUGCUCUCACUAAAGCUCUGCGUCUUCUCUCCCCCCCCCAAACCAUUCAAGUUUCAUGUUGCCGUUUUUGGACUGUGCAGAUCUCACUGAAAUGGGGACCUAUCAUCAUUUGGGGGGGGGGGAAAGAAAUCAGCCUUUGUAGCAACUCCUUGUUUUAACUUCUGUUUCCUAAUUUAAAAUUUUACCAGAAUGAGAUGAGGAAAAUUCAUUGUUUAAAAAUGAUAAAUUGCAUUGAGUGAAUUAAAAAUUUAUUCAUAAGGGUGACAAGGAAAUUGUACUUCCAUCCUGAGUGUAAACAUCCAUUGAGAAGUGUCAUUAAAAAGGCACAACCUGUUACGAAAAUUACUCAAAAUAGGUGUUUCGUUUGUAUAAUGUUUCCAGAUUUGUGACAUAUACUGAAGAUAUAUUCUUUUCAGUUCAAUAGGUAACGUUACAGUUACCUGUAAGUAAUAUACAUCAAAAAUAGCAGUAUAAAGCUUAUUUAUUGAGAUAUAAUACAGAACAGGUCCUUCCGGCCCUUUCAGCCAUUCCCCCUAGCAAUCCCCCAAUUUAACCCAAGCCUUAUCACUGGAAAACUUACAAUGACCAAUGACUGUGUUUGGACUGUGGUAGGAAACCAGAGCACUCGGAGGAAAUACAUGGAAUUGGUCACGGGGGGAACGUAUCACUGGUGCUCUGAAGCAUUGUGCUGACCACUAAGUUACUGUGCCGAGAGUCUUGCCAUGUACAAAAAAAUUUGGUUACAUUCCAACUGAUGAACGAUAGGCUUGCUUUAGAAUUUCUGGUACCAUUCACUUCAUUUUAAUUCCAUUUAUACAAAGAAUGCUCGUGCCACUGCACAGCUAUAACUGCAGAAUCUGACUAGAAUGAAAAGUGAUGUUUCUGAUUACUGAUUAAGACUAGCUUUUUGUCACAUACAUCAAAACAGUGAAAUGCAUUGUUUGCAUCAAUGAACAACUGUGCUGGUUGGGGGGGUGGGGGUGAUGCUUGUAUGUGUUGCCACGUUUCCAGUGCAAACAUAGCCUGCCCACAGCUUACCCUAACCCUUUGGAAUGUGGGGGACACCAGAGCACCCAGAGGAAACCCACGGAGAGUUUACAAAUAACAGUGGGAAUUGUAUGUACCCUGAUCUUCAAAUUUAUUGCUAGUGCUGUAAAGCUUUAUGCUAAUCACUAAGCUACCAGUUUUGCAUUCUUUUCAAGAUGUCUGAAAAUGGAGACUAUAAGCCUUUGUACCAAAGCUACAGUAUUGGUACCUUACGUUUUUUGUAAAUAAAAGUGAACUUCGU